AUGGGUCGCCCUCAAGUUUUCUUCGACAUUGCUGCUGGUGGAAAGCCCGUCGGCCGCAUAACCAUGGAGCUCUACAAUGACGUCGUGCCGAGGACCGCCGAGAACUUCCGCGCGCUCUGCACCGGCGAGAAAGGACUGGCCAGCAAAUCCGGAAAGCCACUUCACUUCAAGGGUUGCAAGUUCCAUCGCGUUAUCCCACAAUUCAUGCUUCAGGGCGGAGAUUUCACUCACGGAGAUGGCACUGGAGGCGAGUCGAUCUACGGAGAGAAAUUCGCUGACGAGAACUUCAAGGAGCGUCACACUGGGCCUGGUGUUCUUUCAAUGGCUAAUGCCGGCCCCAACACCAACGGCUCUCAAUUCUUCAUCUGCACCGUGAAAACUGCUUGGCUCGAUGGAAAGCAUGUCGUAUUCGGACGCGUCGUUGAAGGGCUUGAUGUUGUCAAGACCGUCGAAUCGUAUGGCUCGCAAAGUGGGAAGACUUCGGCGGUGGUGACCAUUUCGGAUUGUGGACAGCUC